AUGCCCCCAACGAUCUCUUACAGUACUUUCCUCGCCUUUGGGACCUUCGGCGACGCCUACCAGCACCACCGCGUCUCGGAAGUGAUACUGGUCUUCGCCCCGUGCUCGCGUACGGAACUCUCGUGGUCAAUCACUGCUCGCGCCCACAACGGCCACACACUCACCGUCGAGGACAUCCUCCACACCAUCACCAUCUCCCUCUUCCACCGACACACCCCCUCAAACCCGCUCCCGAGGAACCACCCCUGCCGUGCGUUCUGGGAGGACUCACGCCUCUUGCGCGUUCUUCACGGACACCAUGAUGUGCACGGCGCCGGCGGGGUGACGCACGGCGACCGUCUGCGCAACGUCGAUCUCUACCAUGCGGAUCGCGGGCGCGCACUGUACUUCCGCGGCAUCCGCCCUGAGCAGCGGCCAGGCAGCGACGUCGUGUACGUCGUCGAUUUGCAGCAGGAGUGA